AUGAAACUAUCUGAUCGUUCAUUCCACUUACCGGGUCCGUUCGAUGGCAUAAUCGGUGCUGAAUAUUUCCUGCAACUUUUAAAACAGGGUAAAAUAAAGGUUCCCAAUCAAAAUGCCAUUUUACAAAACACCGUUUUCGGGUGGAUUGUGGCUGGUAAAAUUACAUUGCCAGAAACAACUAUUCAAAUGUCUUGUCAUUUACUCUCAACGUCCUUAAACGAACAGUUAGAAAAAUUCUGGACAAUCGAAAACUGUCUAGAAAGAAAAAUUCUCUCACUUGGAGAAAGAGAAUGUGAAAAUCAUUAUAAAAAAUACUACGCGAGGUGUAGAAAUUGGAAAAUACUGCGACCAGAAAUCAAGGAAGCUUAUAUUGAAAAUAUGAAGUCAUACUUGACAAACGGUAAUAUGUCUGAAUCAAAAUUAGCUUGUAUUCGGGAAGAGUAUUACUUGCCACAUCAUGUGGUGAUAAAAAAUUCUAGUUUAACGACGCAAUUACGUGUGGUGUUUGACGGCUCAUCAAAAUCAGUGACAGGACUGUCACUGAACGACGCCCUCAUGGUAGGUCUCAGUAUGCAAGAAAACCUCUUUUCUUUACUCGUUCGCUUUCGCUCAAUACUUAUUGUUUGA